UGAUUCAUUCAAUACGCUCUCAACCUUCCAUAACUCUUGCAACCUCCUUCAGGAGGCUGUUCUUUUCGUAUCCAACAGCUUCCCAUCUACCCCACUACUGGUCUGGAAGACAGCUUCACGACCAAAGUAUUCCAACAUCGGACAGACCAGGAACGAGAUAUCUGGUUCUGUCGUAGACUUCCCCUCGCAAAGUGGCUUCAUAUCUUUCCUGUUUCAGGUCUAAGGGAUUAACAUUUUUCUCUGCCCUCAAAAACAACAUCAGCGUGGUCACAGCGAGCAUGGUUCGCGGCCAACUGCCUUCUCCGCCUCACUCAGACGGGCAUCCCACUCCUGAACCUCACCGGGAAGGCUGCGGAAUCAUCCACCCAUUGUACGCACACGACGGCCUACUAGGAGCCGGUAUUCCCAUGGACCAUACACAGCAGGCCGUGGCUUUUGAGUCGUCGUCGAACCCCGUGCGGUUUCUUCCCAACGGCUACAUGCAACAGCCGAUGGUAGCCCACAAUAUGCAGGCCAACACACCACCAUCCACCUCGGAUGAGUGUCAUCGCCCAGACCGGACAUCAUCUACAUGGCCCCAGAAACCUGCCAAUCGCUCCAAGGCCAGGAGCGGGAGAGGAGCUGGAGGUCGUAAAACUAAAACACUACACGCCAGAGACGGCCCCUCAUUACCCGGCCCGUUGAGUGAAUUGACCAAGCAUCUGACACAUGUUCCCAUCAGAGACAUGGAAAGUUGGGUGCAUCGACCCAUUGGGGUCCGCCGCCAGGAGGUCGCCAAAAGGAAUGGCAAGGUGGCUAGGCCCAUGAAUUCUUUCAUGCUCUACCGGUCAGCAUACACCGAGAGAACCAAGAAGUGGCUGGGACAGAACAACCACCAAGUGGUGUCCGUAGCUGUUGGCCACAGCUGGAAGAUGGAGCCAAGAGAGAUUCGGGAUAAAUUUGAAGUCCUGGCAAACAUCGAAAAGAAGAACCAUGUGAAGGCGCAUCCCGGAUACAGGUUCUCGCCAAAGAAAGAUCAUAGAAGGGGGGAUGAUCGUCGCAACAGCCGCCUGGAUAACACACCUGAUUCCAGUCCUGGCUUGGGCCAGACGCCCCGUACCAUGAGCACUUCGGAGAUGGAAAGCGGAUGGGCCAGCCGUGACUCAACUCCUCUGGGCUUCAUGGAGCACGGUAUGCCUGCUGGUUACCUCAGUUCUUCCUGGCAGACAACCAAUCCCGGCCGGCCGGCUCCUGGCAUGCUGCCCCCCUCCCCUCCAGAGCCUACCCAGUACCUCCAACAGUCAAUCCAUCAUAGUCUAAUGGGCUCCCGUUUAGAAGAUAUGCGCUUCAACAGAGUUGACAUGCAGGAUCUUCAGUAUUCGUCCUCAACCGCCUUAGCUGGCCUACCAGGGGCAGCUCAUCAUGAGCUUCUUCAGCCCCAGACCUCUGUCUCUGCGCCAGGAGCCGGUGCCGACGGACAGUUAGACCCACAACUACUCGGAUUCCAGGGCAACUCUUCGAAUACCAACGGAGGAAACCAGGCCUACAGCAACUCUCACUACCAUCCUAUGUGGCAAGAGUCGCAUGCUAACACCGGUUACGUUGCUGCCUCCUCGCUGCCGCCGGCCACGGUACCUUAUGUAGCCGGUGCGGCUUUCACACCAGGUAUGCAGCCGAUGAUAUUUAUUUUGAAACCUGUGAUGGACUUUGACGAAAGCGACGAGCUAAACGAACUUCUUGGUGGAGAUGUACGUCGUCUUUUGUUCUCGGGUUGACCCCCUGUUUGAAAUUGAACAUUUGUGAUAUCGGAGUUUCGAGGCGUACAAAUCUGAAUGAUCCGGGCGAUGGUGGUUUCAUUUGUUUGUUAUUAAGCUACUUUCUUAAUCUUACUGAUAUUGAUUCCCAAGGGAGGCAAACUGUUGGGUUCCGAGCUUGUAUGAUAGCUUCUUGUCAUUCGUUUACUCCCUAGAGUUGCGGCAACACUUGUGAUUCAGAGAUACCAAUGCAUCAUCUCAUAAAUACAAUCCGUGCUUCUGAGAAUGCGUAGUGGUCGUUGUCUUGGCAUUGCUUUAGUGGAGUGAUCCCAGUGGGAUCAGGUUCUUUUGGGCUUAAAUGCGCGUCAAGGAUUGGCCUAGGGAGAGGGGUACGUAGGUGUCUUGGGAGCGAACGAUUAGAGCAUAUCAUAAGUAAUGAUGGUAUAUAGAGAGGUUUUGCGAUAUUCAAACGUUUAGUUUUCAUAUCAACAGCAAAGUAUUAUGGCGAUGACAGGCCUCGUCAAAAGCAUCUCAAUUGCCAUCCUUCUCUAUUUCAAUAUCUUUCCUUUAAGAAUGCUUCAUGUCGAUUGCAAUUGUAUAGAUGAGAAAAGUCUUGGCGGACGCGAAAUAAAGAGGCAUCACGUGGACCCGUGUCGGAGAUAACGCCGCAAGUGGGCUGUCAUUUUCUACUCAUCAAUUUUAU